GCAGACGCCUCACGCCCAGGAGCUGUCACGUCCACUGCGGUCACACGGCAGUACCGUGUCCACGCUGGACACCCAGCAGGGUCACAUACGACAGAAUAUACAGCCAGAGCUCAUUCAGACUUCUAAAUCAUCGGUGGCUUAAAGUAACAGAGUUUCCUCAAAAACCCAGACCAUUAUAUACCGUCAUUGCAGAAUAUGGCUCCCGGCUCUAUAAUUACCAGGCCAGACUUCGCAUGCCUAAGGCGCAACAGGAACUUUUAAAGAAAGAAAGCCAGACUUUGGAGAACAAUUUUCGUGAAAUUCUGUUUUUAAUUGAACAAAUAGAUGUUCUGAAGGCGUUGCUUAAAGACAUGAAGGACGGCGUACACAAUUACAGCUUGCCUGUCCACGGAGAGGCUGUGCAGGACCAGGCCACUGCUGAAGUUCUAGAUGAGGAAAUGUCAAACUUGGUACAUUAUGUACUUAAAAAGUUCAGAGGGGACCAAAUACAGUUGGCUGAUUAUGCCCUGAAGUCAGCUGGAGCCUCUGUCAUUGAAGCUGGGACCUCAGAAAGUUACAAAAAUAAUAAAGCAAAGCUGUACUGGCAUGGGAUAGGGUUCCUCAACUAUGAGAUGCCUCCGGAUAUGAUUCUUCAGCCAGAUGUCCACCCUGGGAAGUGCUGGGCCUUUCCAGGUUCCCAGGGUCACAUCCUGAUUAAGCUCGCCAGGAAGAUCAUCCCAACAGCAGUUACCAUGGAGCACAUCUCGGAGAAGGUGUCCCCAUCAGGAAAUAUCUCGAGUGCACCCAAGGAGUUCUCAGUCUAUGGCGUUAUGAAGAAAUGUGAAGGAGAAGAAAAGCUUCUAGGUCAGUUUAUUUAUGACAAAAUGGAAGCAACCAUUCAAACGUUUGAGCUUCAGAAUGAAGCUUCUGAAUCUUUGCUAUGUGUAAAACUUCAAAUCCUUAGCAACUGGGGACAUCCAAAGUAUACUUGCUUGUACCGAUUUAGAGUCCACGGCAUCCCCAGUGAUUACACUUAGAAGAGCUGGUGCAGAAGGCAGUGGCUGUGCAGCCAGAAUGUCCAAGGAUGUUUAUUAUUCCCUUAUGUCAGAUUGCACCCCUAAGAAUCAAAGAUUGGGAGUGGGAGGGAAACCCCAAACGCAUUCCUACUAAGCAGUAAGAAGUGAAUGAAUUUUACUAAUAAAAAAAUAAAAGUCAAU